AUGGUGAAACAUGAUGAGCGGGUUAACCAGCAGAAGGUAGUAGGCCUUACAGACGCGGUGGAGAGGUAUGGCAGGAAGCGGUCUUACUCGAGCGAGAACAUGAUGGAAGGCGUGGAAUCAACAUUAGAGGUCGCUGCAAGCACUCCUCCCCGCAAGAAGGCCAAGGCAGCUCCUUUGACCCAGAUAUCCACAGCGAACGGCGCUGCACCUCCAUCGCCCUUACCGUCCCCGCAUGGCUCCCCACAACCGCAGAAUAUAUGGCCUUCAGCACCUCCCAGCGGCGCCUCUUCUCCUCAACCUUCUCAGCUUCCCAUUCAACCAGAUUCUUCGCUUGCCACUCUCAUGUCUCUACCUUCCCUCGUCUCCCAUUUCUCAGGUCUACCUCCUCCACUUCAGUCGCAUCUCCUCGUGACUCUACUCCGACAUUCACCGCUCCCGGUCCUGCGGAACGUGCAUACUGUUUUGACGCCUAUUCUCGCCCGCGACUUCCUCACACUACUUCCCCCAGAGCUCGUCUCCCAUAUACUCAGUUUCCUUCCCUUCCAAUACAUCGCGCGCGCUUCGCGUGUCUCCAAGGCAUGGCGUGAAACUAUCGACACUGACCCUAUCCUAUGGCGAGACCUUCUGAAGAACCAGAGGCUUUGGUUUGGAGGCGAAUCAGAAUCCUCCUUUGCCGCAGCGUUACUUCGCAGAAGAAACCGUCUUGGCUUACCUGGUCCGAACAGUCUACCUCUUCCCAGCCCCUACAAAGUCCUCUUCAAGUCACGAUAUCUCACUCAUUCGCAAUGGAUCACCAACCAGGACCCUAAACACAUCACGUUUACUGCUCAUGGUCGCUCCGUCGUUACGUGUCUACUAUUCUCGCAAGGACGCAUCAUCUCCGCGUCUGACGACCAUUCUAUCCAUGUAUACUCUCCAACAACCGGUCAACUUAUUCGCUCGCUCGUCGGCCAUGAAGGCGGUGUAUGGGCGCUUGCUGCAACCAAAGAUAUGCUCGUCAGCGGCUCCACGGACCGUACAGUUCGAAUAUGGGACCUGUCCACCGGCCGCUGCACCCAUGUAUUCGGGGGCCACACUUCGACAGUUCGCUGCCUUGCCAUCGUCAAGCCCGAAUGGGUGGAUGUGGAGGACGAUCAUGGGCUAUUGAGGAAGGAGAAGUGGCCAAAGCGAUCGUUAAUCGUGACUGGCAGUAGGGAUCAUUCGUUGCGCGUCUGGAUGCUACCUAAGCCCGGCGAGAUGGAGUAUAGGUGUUGCGGUGCUGACGAUACGGACGUCGACCCUGCGGAUGAUGUUGAUGAGAACCCUUACCACAAGUUACAUCUCGAGGGGCAUGACCACGCCGUUCGUGCUCUUGCAGCACGGGGACGUACACUCGUCUCUGGCAGCUAUGACUCGACGGUUCGUGUAUGGGAUAUCAUAACGGGCAACUGCAAGUGGGUCCUGGUGGGCCACACGCAGAAAGUCUACAGCGUCGUCCUAGACUCGGCUCGCAAUCAAGCGUGUUCGGGUUCAAUGGAUAGCACCGUCCGUGUCUGGAAUCUUCAAACGGGCGAAUGCCAACACACCUUGACAGGACACGCUUCUUUGGUCGGCCUUCUUGGCCUUUCCCCGUCGUAUCUUGUAUCUGCGGCCGCCGACUCUACUCUCCGCAUCUGGGACCCCGACAGUGGUGAGCUUCGAAAUACGCUAGCCGCUCACACGGGCGCUAUCACCUGCUUCCAGCACGACGAGUUCAAGGUGCUGAGCGGUUCUGACGGUACUUUGAAGAUGUGGGACGUCCGUGAUGGAUCGAUUGUGCGGGAUCUUUUGACGGGAAUCAUCGGUGUUUGGCAGGUGGUCUUUGAGGGACGGUGGUGCGUCGCUGCCUCCAAUAGGCAAGAUGCGACAGUGUUAGAUGUUUGGGACUUCGGUAAUGGAGAAGAUGAUGACGACUGGGUGGGCGAACCUGCAGGAGGUAUAUAUGACGAGGAUGAGACAGAAGACGAAGAAGACGAAGAUGAAGAUAUGGAGCAAGCCGACGUUGAUGCCAUGGAUCAGGAUUUGGAAGUAGCGCCUUCGGAGGCUGAGAUGGGCGAUGGAGAGGAGGAAUACGGCAUGGACAAUGAUGGCUACGUUGAGGAAGAAGUGGGGGAUGAACUUCCUACCGCUGCUACUGUUGGACGGUCAGACCGCACCUGGGAUGAUCACGCAGCACGUCGUUCAGCCUCAGGCUCCGGAGCGUCUUCCUACCAGCAUCAUUCCAGGUCUUCCAGGUCGCCGCCAUACGCUUCUGGCAGCGGGAGCAAUCGUCGAUCUGGUACGACAUCUACAAACUCGCUCAUGACAAGAAUGUCCAGAGCUGGAGUCCACACCCAGGGCAUGAUGGUCGGUCCACUAGGACGUGCUGGUGCAAGCUCCAGUUCCGGAGCUGCUGCCGGUCCAUCAUCAUCUACACGAGCAAGGCCGUUGCCUACGAACGAUGAAACGCCCACGCGUCCUAGGAUUAGGCCGGCAGGCAGUCGUAAACGCUAG